GCGUGGGCUCGCAGCAUCACCACCUCUGUUAGCCACAAUGUGAGUUAACGAGAAAGUUCACUUUGAGAGUUCAGCCUGCUGUCGACGCGGGGAAAGUUUAACCAGGACGCGUUUCUAGAGUUUCUGAAGCAAUGGCAGCCUGUGGUGGAGAAGUCCCAUAAAGCAUAAGGAGUUUCUUUUGACCCAGCGGUUCCCCCAGUGAACCCCACCCCCAGGCCCUUCCUGACUCAGGGAUACCAUGGGACCCCCUCCGGUUUACCUUUCCAGCCUCCUCUUCCUCUCGUUCCUCCUCCUGUGCCACGCCGGGACCUCCUUCAAGCCCCAGGUUGUGGAGCGAGGAUCUGGCCCUGAGCUGCCACAAUCCUCUGGUAACACCUCAGGCUCUGGAAAACGGACGUGUUCUGACACUGUGGUUUGUAAACCCGGCAUCCUGCUGCCGGUGUGGCUACCACUCAACCCUCCACUGGGGGAGCAGGCAGGGAGGGCAAUCAUCUAUUUCCUCUGUCUCAUGUACAUGUUCCUGGGUGUGUCCAUCAUUGCAGACCGCUUCAUGGCAUCUAUAGAAGUCAUUACCUCGCAGGAGAAAGUGGUGACCGUCACCAAACCCAACGGUGAAACCACAGUCGCAACAGUACGGAUCUGGAAUGAGACUGUAUCCAACCUCACGCUCAUGGCACUGGGCUCCUCCGCACCUGAGAUCCUGCUUUCUGUUAUUGAGGUGUGUGGCCACAACUUCCAUGCUGGGGAGCUCGGCCCAGGCACCAUAGUGGGCAGCGCUGCCUUCAAUAUGUUUGUGAUAAUUGGUCUGUGUGUGUGGGUGGUCCCUGACGGAGAGUCUCGUAAGAUCAAACACCUCCGAGUGUUUUUCAUAACGGCUUUCUGGAGCAUCUUUGCCUACAUUUGGCUCUACCUCAUACUGGCUGUCAUCUCACCUGGGAUUGUAGAGGUGUGGGAGGCCAUAGUGACGCUGCUGUAUUUUCCGGUGUGUGUGAUCUUGGCUUGGAUCGCUGACCGCCGCCUACUCUUCUACAAAUACAUGCACAAGCGUUACCGUGCUGACAAGAGGCACGGCAUCGUGGUGGAAAUGGAAGGGGACCUCGCUCCCAAAGGCGUUGACGUGAUCGUGGAUGGAAAGCUGUCAGACAGCAGCGCAUGCCCUGGAAACUCCUCCACUGUUACGGUCUCUGUGCAGACAGGCAAUGAACUAGACCAGAACAAAGAUGAGGUAAGACUCAGGCUACAUCUUCGAAAUCCUUUGUCCAAUAUAUCCUUCUUUGCCUCUUCGGCACCUUAUCAGUGCAUGGAGAACUGUGGCUUUCUGACCCUGGGGGUGAUCCUCGAUGGGGGAACUGGUCAGAAUACAUUCUAUGUGGACUACUGUACAGAAAAUGGUUCUGCCAAUGCUGGAGCAGAUUAUGAAUUUACUGAGGGAACCCUGGUGUUCAAACCAGGGGAGACCCACAAAGAAAUCAAGGUGAGGAUCCUGGAUGAUGACAUCUUUGAAGAGGAUGAGCAUUUCUUUGUACGCCUUCAGAACCUGAGGUUAGAGGAGGGUGGAAAUGAAGGGACGGGGACUCCACCCAAAGGGAGACUAGUGGAGCCGCUGGUUGCUACGGUCACCAUCUUGGACGACGAUCACGCUGGCAUCUUCACCUUUGAGCAGCACGUGCUGCGGGUGAGUGAGAGCACAGGCAUCCUGACGGUGACUGUGUUGAGGAACUCGGGGUCCAGGGGCACAGUUGCUGUGCCGUACCACACGGAAGAUGGCAGCGCCAAGGCAGGAGUGGACUACGAGGAGACCAGAGGGGAGCUGGAAUUCACCAAUGAACAGACCAGAGAGAAUUAUGACCUUGUUUUCUGUUUGGCCAUCAACUCCCUUGAGCAGGAUGUCCGUCUACAUUGGAUCCACUGGAAUCCCACCCCUGAGGAGGAACAGGCCAGGAGGAUCUCUGAGAUGGGAAAACCCAUUCUUGGAGAGCACAGCAGGCUAGAGGUCAUCAUAGAGGAGUCCUGUGAGUUUAAGAACACUGUGGACAAACUGCUCAAGGAUACAAAUCUGGCCGUGGUGAUUGGUACGCGCUCAUGGAAAGAGCAGUUCAUCGGGGCGGUCACAGUCAGUGCAGGUGAUGAGGAUGAAGGAGAGGAGCAGCGAGUGCCCAACUGCUUCGACUAUUUCAUGCACAUAUUUUGUAUCUUCUGGAAGAUCCUGUUUGCUUGCGUCCCACCCACAGGGUACUGGAAUGGCUGGGCGUGCUUCAUAGUGUCAAUCACUGUCAUUGGUAUUUUAACAGCCAUUAUCGGAGACCUAGCCUCCCAUUUCGGGUGCACCGUCGGCCUGAGAGACACUGUCACUGCAGUGGUCUUUGUAGCACUGGGGACUUCUCUUCCUGACACCUUUGCUAGUAAAGUUGCUGCUACGCAGGAUCAGUACGCAGAUGCGUCUGUGGGAAACGUGACAGGAAGUAACGCAGUUAAUGUGUUUCUGGGCAUAGGUGUGGCCUGGUCUGUGUCUGCCAUAUACUGGGAAGUCAAAGGGAAGGUUUUCCGUGUGGACCCAGGAUCACUGGCCUUCUCUGUCACGCUUUUCACCAUUUUUGCCUUCUUGUGUAUGGGAGUGUUAAUGCUUCGCCGAAGGCCGUCCAUAGGUGGUGAACUAGGAGGCCCACGCGUCCCCAAAGUCCUUACCUCACUGCUGUUCUUUGGACUCUGGUUCCUCUACGUCCUCUUCUCUAGCCUGGAGGCCUAUUGCCAUAUACAAGGCUUCUAAAAGAGCACAGCUGUGGAGAGUCAUGCCUGCACAAUAACACACACACGCAAAACUCCCACUGAUAAACAGUUGCCGUCAUCAUUUGACAUCUGCUGCCACGGUUUAGAAACAUACGUAUACACACCACAGAUUCAACCACGAAGCUCUGCGGCAUCCGCUGCCGGACUGUGAAAUUAUUGUGACAGCACUCCUUCAUUUUCACCUCAUGAAGUGCAGCGACUGUUUUUUAAGAAAGCAGAAUAGAUGUGAAGUCGCUGGAUUUUGCUUGAUACCUGGAGACUCGCAUCCUGGAUGCCCAGGAUUUGGUCGUAUGUCUCCCCACACCUGUAGAGUCUGGGUCAGAGCUUAUUUUACAAGAUGACUAUUUCAGGCGAUUAUACACAGUAAGUUGCUCAGAUACAUAAAAAUAACAGUUGGAAGAACACUACUUUGCUUCAUAUGUUUCUCUCGCAAAAAGAGAAACUUUGUUUGUUAGUUCAUUGUUGUCAGUAUUCAUGAAUCCAGGUGAUUUGAAGGAAGACUGCAGGCCACUCAGUAGCAAGUGAGCUUUUUUUGUCAGUCCACAGGAGAAGCAAUAAGCUGCUGUUAUGAAAUAUCUCCCACUGCUCAGUUGUGUGUCUGUGUUGCGUUAGGUGACACGAGGCACUGUUUGAUGUUUAGUGCACUGCACCUGCUUAGUUUGAUCUCAUUGUAGGCAUUGAUAAUAGCAACACUACAUGGAGCCAGUAUUGAAAUGUGAAACUGAUAAAAAGUUACACGAUGAAUUUCUCAUAAGCACCUUGUGUCUGCCAUUUAGUUUGACUCCUUGAAAACAACGAUUCAUUCACCCCUGAAGUCUUAUCUGUUUAUUUAUCAAUGGUGUAAUGUUAUUGUAUUUCUAAUUUUAUGAAUUUGACUGUUAUUGGCAAAAGCACGUUGUAAUUUAUUGUAAGUUGUCAUAAUUACAUUUAAAUUUUAA